AUGGUGGUCAGUCAGGUCCACAUAAGGAUACGACUUCUGUUCGUCCUCGUUUUUUCUGUCUAUGGACACGCAUCAGGGCCAUAUUUUAUGGUGACAUUUCCUGCAGUGAUAGAGUCUGACUCUGAUGCUAAACUGUGUGUGAGUCUUCUGAAGCCUAAUGAGACUCUGCAAGUUAAUGUUUAUCUGGUUCACAACAAUGAGAACAGAACUCUUUUACAAGAGACAGUGGAAAAGGAGAUGCACCAAUGCUAUCAUUUUAAGGCUCCACGGGUUAAAGAACGAUCAGUGCAGGAGAUCAAAGUAGAAGUUACUGGUGAAAGUUUUAAGAUGACACAAAAAAGGAGAGUCAUGUUUAAAUCCUACGAUACAUUGCUUUUUAUUCAGACUGAUAAGCCCAUUUACAAUCCAGGGCAAACAGUGAAUUUCAGAAUUGUUGCUAUGGAUUCUAAUUUUAUCCCACUUAAACAAAAGUACAGCACAGUGAGCCUUCAGGAUAAUCACCAGAACAGGAUUGGUCAGUGGACAAAUGUCUCCUCGAAAGGCCUGAUACUGCAGCUUUCACAUGAGUUAAAUGCUGAGGCUCCACAGGGAUAUUAUCAGUUACGUGCUAACACUGGAAAUAAAGUGAUUACACAACAAUUUAAGGUGGAAAAGCAUGUUUUGCCCAAGUUUGACGUUACAGUAAAAGCGCCAGAAGAACACAGUGUUAGUGAUGAGGAAGUAAAUAUAGAAGUUUGCGGAAAGUACACAUAUGGACAACCUGUACCUGGUCAAGCAGAGGUGCAGGUGUGCCGGAAAAUAAAGCCGCAUUUUUCUGAGGCACCGUUGAUUUCACCCUGUCUGAGUGAAACUGUGGAGAUGAGUCAGACUGGCUGUGCAUUUCUUCUCAUCAAUGUGUCAACUUUCCUGAAUACUGAAUUGGAACAUAAAUCUGAGAAUAAUCUUCAUAUUACAGUUACGCUCAAAGAGGAAGGAACAGAUAUAUCCAUGGUGAAAACUGAAAAAAUAAAACUUUCUUUCCAAAUUGGUAAAGUGGAAUUCCUCGAUUUACCAACAAACUUUGAACGUGGAAAUGUUAUAAAUGGAAAAAUUAAAGUUACUACCUUCAGGGGAACUCCCAUUCCUAACAAGAAGGUGUAUCUCUCAGAAGGUGAAAGGUGGUCUCAAAAGUUAUUAUUUAAUCUUACUACAGACAGUAAUGGAUUGGCAGACUUCUCAAUCGCUUCGCCCGAAGAUCCUGCAACACAGAUCAUAUUGCGGGCAAGUGUCUAUUUUAAGGAAAAAUAUCAUGCACAAAAAACACCAUUCUUUACAAAUGCUGAUGCACGAAUACAGCUGCUCCAACCUGCUACACCUUACAGCCCAGUGUUCAGUGAACUGUUAAUAGAGAGCUCAGAGGAAUCAUUUAAAUGUGGUGCUGAAAUUCCAAUAACCGUUAACUACUAUAUAGUUGGGGAAACUACUGAAAAUUUCAGUACUGAUCUCAUAUACACGGUUUUAUCUAAAGGAUCCAUAGUCCAUCAUGGUCAUGAGAAAGUUAAUAUGGAAGACUCUACCGAUGCCAGAAAAGGAAAAAUAUCUUUUACACUCUCUGUUCUUGCUGAGUUCGCUCCUAUAGUCCAGGUUCUAGCAUACACUGUCCUCCCCAGUGAGAAUGUCAUUGCUGCUAGCAAGAAUUUUGAUGUGGAAAAAUGCUUCCAAAAUAAGGUUUCGCUACAGUUCUCUCCCUCCAAGGCAGUUCCUGGUGAGAAAAACACUCUCGAGCUCUCAGCUCAUCCUGGUUCACUGUGUGGCCUCAGUGCUGUGGAUCAGAGUGUCUUUAUCCUGGAGCCUGGAGAUCGUCUAAACACUGACAAGAUAUUUAAAUUGUUACCAGUAACAUCGGUAUCAAAUUAUCCCUAUGAAGUUGAAGAUGAUCUGGAGUGUUUGUAUGUUAGACCCCGGCGGGAUACACAGAGUGACCACGUUUACAAUACAUUAGAGGAAGUGGGGCUGAAGAUGGCAACAAAUUUGGCUGUUGGGCAACCUCAAUGUUUGAUAUACAAAGGCGUACAGUAUCAUCGUCAUGUUUAUGGCCUACGUGGAAUGGCCCCCGGCAGUACAAGGAGAUUUAAAGAUAUUGACUCAAAUUAUGUACAUGUUGAGACAGUUCGUAAGUUCUUCCCAGAAACUUGGAUAUGGCAACUUGAAGAAGUUGGGGCCUCAGGAUCAGUACAGCUUCCUGUCACUGUUCCUGACACCAUCACCACUUGGGACACAGAGGUUUUCUGUGUGUCCUCUAAGGGUCUGGGACUGGCUCCUCCCGUUCAGCUUACUGUAUUUCAACCCUUCUUCCUGGAGCUCACGUUACCCUACUCCAUUAUUAGGGGAGAGGUUUUUGAACUGAAGGCCACUGUUUUCAAUUAUCUUUCAAAAUGCAUUAUGGUUAAAGUGACUCCGGCCCCUUCUUCAGACUACACUCUGGAGCCCUCUUCUGAUGGCGAAUAUUCAUCCUGUCUGUGUGCAAAUGGCAGAAAGACCUUCAAAUGGACUCUGACUCCCUCUGUGCUUGGAGUCUUGAAUGUGACAGUGAGUGCAGAGGCAGAACAAUCCCAGACUAUGUGUGACAAUGAGAUUGUAAGUGUUCCAGAGAGAGGCCGCAUUGACACGGUUACACGGAGCCUGAUUGUAAAGGCUGAAGGAACUGAAAAAACAAAAAGUCAAAGCUGGUUAUUAUGCCCACAAGGCAACAGUGUUUCAGAAGAAUUGGAGCUGAGUCUUCCUGAGGAUGUAAUAGUGGGAUCAGCACGAGCUUCUGUUUUAGUACUUGGAGACAUACUUGGCAGUGCAUUAAAAAAUCUGGAUGGACUACUAAGGAUGCCAUAUGGUUGUGGAGAACAAAACAUUGCCCUCCUUGCCCCCAAUAUCUACAUUCUUCAGUAUCUAGAGAACACUAAGCAGCUCACCACAGCCAUCCGUGAGAGGGCUACUGGUUUCCUUAAGAGUGGAUACCAGCGGCAGCUAAACUAUAAGCAUUUAAAUGGUGCAUACAGCACAUUUGGCAGGGGAGAGGGGAACACAUGGUUAACUUCUUUUGUCUUGAGGACUUUUGGCAAAGCACAACGUUACAUCUUUAUUGAUCCAGAAAUCAUUAGCAGUGCAAAACAAUGGCUCAUAAAUAUGCAGAGACCAGAUGGUUGUUUUAUACAACAGGGACGUCUGUUUAAUAACAGAAUGAAGGGUGGUGUAAAUGAUGAGGUGACAAUUACUGCUUACAUCACUGCAUCAUUCCUUGAACUUGGACAUACAGCCCACGAUGCUGUUGUAAAUAAAGGGUUGUUGUGCCUGAAGUCUUCUAUUGGUAACAUGACAAACACCUACACCACUGCACUGAUGGCAUACACUUUUAGUCUGGCUGGAGAGAAAGACCUUCGGGAGCAACUACUGAGAGAGCUGAAUAGUGUUUCUGUUUUAGGAGUUGGACAUGUUCACUGGUCUCAGUCAGCAUCAGAUGACUCUGGUGCAUUGUCGGUGGAAAUCAGUUCCUACGUGCUGCUAGCCGUUCUCACUACAAGUGAGCUCUCUGCCGCUGAUUUGGGAUACGCUAAUAGGAUAGUCAGCUGGUUGGUGAGGCAGCAAAAUCCUUAUGGAGGCUUUUCCUCCACCCAGGAUACAGUUGUGGCCCUCCAAGCUCUGGCUCUGUACUCUAUCAAAGUAUUCAGCUCAGAUGGUGCUAGCACAGUAACCAUAAAGUCAGAAGCAGAAAACAGUUAUACCUUUGAUGUAAACCAAAACAACAGGUUACUGUACCAAGAAAGAUCAUUGCAGGAUGUUCCUGGCAAAUACAGCAUUGAAGUGAAGGGUUCCAGCUGUGUGUCAGUACAGACAUCACUUUUCUACAACAUCCCCACACCUAGUGAAAGAAGUACUUUAAUCAUCAUGGCUAUGACUGAGGGAAACUGCUCAAAAUCAUUUGGACAUACUUUGGCCAUCAAUUUCUCUGUGAUCUAUAAUGGAGCACUAAACAACACUAACAUGAUCAUAGUGGACAUAAAACUCUUAUCAGGGUUCACAGCAGAUGCUGGUGAACUGCAAAACCAGAAUUUGGUAGAACGAGUUGAUUCCAAAGAUGACCAUGUUAUAAUGUAUAUAAAAGAGAUCCAAAGGAAUAUUCCUAUCAACUAUAAGUUACACAUUAAACAAGUGCUUCCUGUGAAGAAUCUCAAGCCGGCUGUGAUCAAAGUUUAUGAUUACUACCAAACAAGUAAGAUUUUUCCUAGAUUGUGGAAUUUCAACUUUAAGAUUCAAAUGAUGACUGUAUUGCUACCACUUUCUGAUUUUUUCAUUUAGGUGACCAGUUUGAGAUGGAGUACACCUCACUGUGUGUGAAAGCCUCCAGCUCUGCAUUGAAGACGGAACAUUUUUGAAAACCUUCUGUGUGCUUUUUUCUCAUACAAGACGCCUUUUAUUGCGUGUAUACAGUAUACCUGAGGCGCCAAAAAAAACUGAUUUUCCAAAACUUGUUUUCAUUAAUUCUUUCCAAGAUUUUGUAUUGAUGAUGGAAGAAUAAUGUCUCCAGCACAUCCUAAAGAUUCUCAAUACGUUUAAGGUCUAAAAUAUAUAUCUGUAUAUCCUGUAUUUCAAAAAAUAAUAUUACCCCAUUAUAUUUGAGCAAAGAUGCAAGUUCGGUUCCCACCUUUGGGUCUAUGUGCUUUUAGUUUGCGUGUUCUUCCCGUACUGUAUAGUUUUCCUCUCACAGUAAUAGUUUUUUCCAAAUUGACCAUAGUGUGCUUGAGCUUGUGUGCCCUGUAAUGGAUUGGCACGCUGUCAGGGUGUACACUGCCUCAUAUCCUGAAUUUCCUGGAAUAGGACCCCCAUGACCCUGUACAUGUAAUGUACAGAAGCUUAAUGGCAGAAAAUAACUUUCCAUUUCUAUCCAUACAUUUUGGAAUAAAAAUUUCUUUAGGCAUUUGGGCCUUUAUACAUUAUAUGUACAAAUGCUUUUAUAAUACAGUUUGUGUGCUUGAU